CUUUAAAUCGGCCGCCCCGGCGCCGGGCCCGGGCCCGCGACCGACUGAGCGAGCGAAGACCCGACGCCGGACACCAUGGCGCGCCGCCUCCCGGGACUGCUCCUGCUGCUCUGGCCGCUGCUGCUGCUGCCGCCGCCCCCCGCGGCCCCCGCCAACCUCGGCCCCUCGGCCCGCCCGGCCUUCCGGAGGCUGGGGACCCUCGGCCCCCGGGGCAGCCCAGGGCGCCGUCCGGCUCCCGCCGCCCCCACCGGCGCGCCCUACUCCUGGGCCGGCCAGCCCGGCGGGGCCCGCAGUACAGGCUUUUGCAAGAGCAGGCCCUUGGAUUUGGUGUUUAUCAUCGAUAGUUCUCGCAGUGUAAGACCCUCAGAGUUCACCAAAGUGAAAACCUUUGUCUCCCGGAUAAUCGACACUCUGGACAUUGGGGAGGCGAACACGCGGGUGGCAGUGGUGAACUAUGCCAGCACCGUGAAGAUUGAGUUCCAGCUUCAGACCCACUCAGAUAAGCAGUCCCUGAAAAAGGCUGUGGGGCGAAUCACACCCUUGUCUACAGGCACCAUGUCGGGCCUGGCCAUCCAAACAGCAAUGGAGGAAGCCUUCACAGUGGAGGCGGGAGCUCGGGGCCCCAGCUCCAACAUCCCUAAGGUGGCCAUCAUCGUGACAGAUGGGCGGCCCCAGGACCAGGUGAACGAGGUGGCAGCUCGGGCCAGGGCAUCGGGUAUUGAGCUCUAUGCGGUGGGAGUGGGCCGGGCAGAUAUGGAGUCCCUCAAGAUGAUUGCCAGCGAGCCCCUGGACGAGCACGUGUUCUACGUGGAGACCUACGGGGUCAUUGAGAAACUUUCCUCUAGAUUCCAGGAAACCUUUUGCGCUGUGGAUGCAUGUAUGCUGGGCACACACCAGUGCCAGCAUGUGUGUGUGAGUGACGGCGAUGGCAAGCACCACUGUGAGUGCAGCCAAGGAUAUUCCUUGAACGCCGAUAAGAAGACGUGCUCCGCUAUUGAUAAGUGUGCUCUUAACACUCAUGGAUGCGAACAGAUCUGUGUGAAUGACAGAACUGGCUCUUACCAUUGUGAAUGCUAUGAAGGUUACACCUUGAAUCAAGACAGGAAAACAUGUUCAGCUCAAGAUCAAUGUGCUUCAGGGACACAUGGCUGUCAGCACAUUUGUGUGAGUGACAGAGCUGGGUCCCAUCACUGUGAAUGCUAUGAGGGCUACACUCUGAAGGGAGAUAAAAAAACCUGCUCAGUUCGUGACAAGUGUGCUCUGGGCUCCCAUGGUUGUCAGCACAUUUGUGUGAGUGACGGGGCCACGUCCUACCACUGCGAUUGUUACACCGGCUUCACCUUGAAUGAAGACAAGAAGACAUGUUCAGCCAUUGAAGAAGCACGAAGACUCAUCUCCACAGAAGAUGCUUGUGGAUGUGAAGGCACACUGGCAUUCCAGGAUAAGGUCAGCUCGUACCUGCAGAGACUGAACACUAAAAUUGAUGACAUUUUGGAGAAGUUGCAAGCAAAUGAAUAUGGACAAAUACGUCGUUAAAUUGCUCAAAAAUUUCACCUGGAAAUAUGGAGAACUUUGUGUAUUUAAUACUUUUGCAUACUCCAAUGUUCCUGCUAAUAACUUGCCAUUAUAAAUGCUUGAAUAUUACUGGAUAAGUAGUUUGAGGAUCUUCUGGGGAAUCAGUGUCAUUUUUCUAAGGAAAUAAAUAUCCAGGUCCUCACUCAAAGCAAACUAUAGUGUCUCUAAUCUAUGACUGUGAAAUGGUUGGUAGGGAGUAAAUGAAAAGUUUAAUAUUUCUUUAUUUACUAAUUGAGCCAUUUAAUUUUUAAAUGUUUAUGUUAGUAAGAUAACUGUUAUAUUUACAAUGGGAACUUUUGAUCUAUUUUCUCUUGUUAGUAUUUAUAGUAUAAACCAGCCUUAUUACGGACAGUAUAAAUUGUACAAAGUAUUUACACAUAAAAAGUUCCUUUAAUUAAAUUGCGAUGAAUAGAAUUUAGAACUGUUUCUUUAAUACUUUUUUUUUUUGCUUAUUUUUUUGCUAAUUAUUGAAGCUGUGAUCAGGGGAUAUAUAAUACAUAUAUCUAAAACUACUUAACACAGAUCUAGUGAAUAUUACAUGCCCUUUUAAAUUCAUCCUGAUGUUAGAAAGGAUACACAACUAAAGACUUCAGUUGUGAAUUAAGAGUGUUAUAACUUCUUACCAAAGACAAAAAAAUCCUAAGUUUACUUUAGGAUCCAGUCAAUAAAAUUAUAUGUUUAUAAAUAUUGCUAUAACAAGAAAACCUAAUGUUAUCUUUUUAAAUGUUAGU